AUGCUGAAGAGGGUCUCCUUCGGCAGUCGCAAGUGCGAGCAGUUUCUGUCACGGUCAAGUGUCUCGUCAUACCCACUCUCCGUUCUUUGGCAGACCGAAACUUACUUUCAACUCCUCGGGAGCGUGGAGCUCAAGAUUGAGUUCCUGCGGAAGAUCGCCAGCCGACUUGUUGACAAGGGCUCGGACCAACAAAUGAUAAUUGCCUAUCGAUCCUCACCUGGGCAUCCUGUGUCUUUGGCAACGGCAUUCCCUAUUGCAGCUGAAGCCGCUGCUAAAGAAGAUUCCAACACGGCUACACGAGAAGAGGCACAGCGUCGUCGCUGGCUCGGCGGUCCUCUCGAACCUCUGCCAUCGAUGUCGGAACAGUUCUCGGUACUUGACACCAGCAAGGCUCUUGCCACUUGCCCUUCUGCGCUAGCUUGGGUGGGUGCUCCAGAGCCUUUCACCAGCAAUUGCAAGCUGGGCGAUGGCGAAGGCUACAAAAGGCACUUCAUGUCACCCGUUAGUUGGUCACAGCACGAUGGAACAUACUACUCUAGUACACACAGUGGAGUCUCCAGGUCCCUGUUCCUAGAAGUUAUGGAACGCUAUGUACCACUCGACACCAUCGAGGACGACUUUGCAAUUGUCGAAGAGCUCCCCGGAAUAGCCAUUUUCCACCGUUGUUUGGGCGACCCUGAUUCCGCAGCACUAUAUUCCAGUACAGCAAUUGGCGUCAUCAAUCGUUUCAUCGAGCCUGAAGAUCUGGUCGACCUUCUAAAGCGCGAUGAGGUAGACACUAAUCAGCGCUGCUCCUUUGUUGGUACAGAGAACGUCCUGGAUGCUGAAUAA